AUGGUGUUGACCGGUGGAGUUGACAGAAAUGUGGUGCUUUUCGAUAACGAUACGGAGACGAUACAAAAUACAUUCAAAGGUCAUCAGAAGAAGAUUUCAGCUGUCAUUCUACAUCCUGUCAAUCAAGUUUGUCUGUCGGCUUCGAAUGAUUCUCAGGUUCGAGUAUGGUCAUCCACCGAUAAAGAUUGCAAGCACAUAAUCAGAGCGCAUUCAGCACCCGUCACUGACAUCUCACUGCAUGCAACUGGUGAUUAUGUGCUAUCUGUAUCGAGUGAUUCGCAUUGGGCUUUGUCGGAUAUACAAACUGGUAAAACACUUUGCAAGGUGAAGUCCGAAGAGAAGGAAGGCGUAGCAAUAUGUUGUGGUCAGUUUCAUCCAGAUGGUCUUAUCUUCGGUACAGGAACUGCGGAUUCGAUUGUUAAAAUUUGGGAUCUCAAAGAGCAAACGAAUGUUGCUAAUUUCCCUGGUCAUCAGGGUGCCGUGAAGGCGAUCGCAUUCUCGGAGAAUGGCUAUUAUCUGGCGACGGGUGCCGAAGAUGGUGAGGUGAAGUUAUGGGAUCUACGUAAAUUGAAAAGCUUCAAAACGAUGAGUAUCAACGAGGGAAAACACACGGUAUCGUUUCUUAAUUUGUGGGGUAUAUGUUUCGAUCAGUCGGGAACUUAUUUGGCUGUUGCUGGUGCAGAUGUUCAAGUGAUUCAUGUCAAACCGUGGAGUGUAUUAACAACUUUGACUAAUCACAAAGAUGCUGUCACCAGUGUUCGAUUCGGACCAAAUGCACACAGUCUCUUCUCAACGAGUAUGGAUCGUUCGUUGCGCGUCUAUUCGUAUGCUCCAUCUCAAUAA